AUGUCACAUAGAAGCCAAAACCUAAUAGAAGAAAACAACCGCCUCAAAGAAGAAAUUUUAAGACUAAAAGAAGCACUAAAAAAAUCUAUUAGAAAUACCAAGCAAUCUCCAGCACCUAGAUCUAGAAAUCACUCUUCCAAACUCUCAAGACCACAAUCUGGCAAUCGAAGCAAUAAUACUUCAAUAGUUAAAAAAACAAAAAAAUCCAAAAGCUCUGAGAGACCAAGCUAUCCUUUCCUACAGGUUUCUCAGCACAAGCAGAGUUCAAUCAAAAAACAAAAAGUAAGUGAUUCUGGCUAUGAUGAAAAUCAAAAUGACGAGUUUGAAAAUUCAUCUCAUGGAUCAUGCAUCUUAAAAGAUGUUCUUAUCAUACUCAUUUAAUGGUCGAUUUUUUUCACUCUACUUUUGGUUAGCUAAUUUUUUAAUUUUGUUACCAAUGUUUUUUUUGACCAAAAGAAUCAAAAAGAAAUUAAAAUUUAACUUAAAUUUAAUUUUAUAGCGGAUGCACUAACGUGGAAGCACUAUAUAGAAAAUAAUGUUUUAUUAUUGAAUUUGUUUAAGGAUUUUUUUUUAAUUAUCGAUUGGGGUUGGGUUAGUGAUGAAUCUUCUGGACUUUUUCAUUAUAAGCCCGAAUCUGAACUCAGCACUGCUUCUAAAAAAAAUAUCAUCCAAGAAUUAGAAAACGAGUAUCAGUUAAAAGAACAAGUCUUGCUCGAUGAGAUCGAAACCUUAAAAGAAGAAAACGGAAAACUAAAAUUAAAAUUAAACCACUCUGAGUCAGUAAAACCAAGAAAAUCCAAUGUCUCUACUAAUAGAUGCUCAUCAACUCCUAAAAAUAUAGGAAACAGAAGCUGUAGUGGUAGGUCGAUAGUUUAUGAAAAAAUAUUUACGCCAUUAAAAGGAAAGCAAUGUAAAACUUGCGACCACUUACUCUCCAUAGGGUACUCUACAAGGUAUUGCCCUAAGCACGGACAUUCAGGAUGCUAA